AGAAUAAGCGAUUAAUUUGAAUGCCAUAACCAUUGUCUGUACAAAACAAAACAACAAACAGUAAAUGUCAACAAUUAUCACAAGAGUUGUAAACAAACAGUUAUUGUUGUUUAACUCGACUUCUUAUCCAUCAAUAAAUCAAUUGGUGUCCAACUAUUUGUCUACUACUUCGGCAGUUCUGCUAUCAAUAAAAAUAGACAAAUCUCGUGUUCCCGUAAUCGACGAAAACGAUCUGAAAGAAGUCUUCAUUCACGGCGGCGGACCCGGCGGUCAAAAGGUCAACAAAGCUCAUAAUUGUGUCCAAUUGACACAUUUGCCAACCGGUAUUGUUGUCAAAGUUCAUCAUCAUCGGGAACAGCAACGAAAUCGGAUUGUCGCCCGUGAACUGCUUCGGACCAAAUUAGAUAAUCUAAUCAAUGGAGACCAAAGUGUGUCCGCACAGCGACAUCAACUUAUUACCGAUAGAUAUGCCCGAAGAGAUCAAAAACGCGAAAAAGUCAGACAAUUAAAGGCCGAGUUUAAGCAAAGAGGCGAAGAAAAACAACAACGAGAAGAAUAAGAAGUAGAAGAAGUUAAUAAUAGUUUAAAAUUGUAAUUAAAAAAAACUUAAAUAAUUAAUGAAAAAAUGAUA